CGUGCCGUCCGAAGUCCGGUCAUAAUCUAAUUGGGCGUUUAGGAAUCAGCUGUUGAUGUUGAUGUCAACAGACUAGACAUGACAGAGCGAAAUGAAUUGAAUUUGAAAGGGUUUUGCUUUUCUUUUAUAAGUUGCUCCAUCAGCACCAAUUUGUCAUGGCAACCGGUUCAAAGUUUGUGUUAGGAAUAGAUAUAGGUACGACUUCUGUGAAAGUGUCUCUGUACGAUCCCCAAUCCAAGCAAACACUUCAAAGUGCCGCUUGUGAAACACACGCAAAGAUCUCCCACGAUCGGCAACCUUCCGGUGCGGCCGAACAGGAUGUGGGAAAGAUCUUGGAAGCUUGUGAGACGUGCUUGAGAAAACUGGAUGCAGAAUGCCUGAAAUUGGUCAAGCGCAUUGGGGUUGCUGGCCAAAUGCAUGGUUGUGUCUGUUGGAACUACGGGAAUGAAGAAACAGACACAAUUUCAGGCCUGAGCAAAAUAAAAUGGUUUGAGAAAUCAGUAAUCUGCAGUCGACUUUUUACCUGGCAAGAUUCCAGAUGCACUCCAGAUUUCAUUGCUUCUCUACCGACGCCAGUUUCGCAUCUUCGGCUGGCAACUGGGCAUGGAUGCGCCACUCUGUUCUGGUUACAGAGGCACUUGCCAGAGUUUGUGCAGAAAUUUCAGUAUGCAGGGACAGUAAUGGAUCUUUUGGUGAAUGUGUUGUGCGGUCUUGAUGAGAAACCUGUCAUGUCUGUUCAAAAUGCAGCUAGUUGGGGGUAUUUCAAUGUUGAAGAGAAACGGUGGAAUAAGGAAAUACUGUCAUCAGCAGGUUUUCCAGUUCAUCUGUUGCCAAAGGUCGUUGACCCUGGAUCCAUUGUCGGCAAGCUGCAGUCAUCUUGGCAUGGUAUCCCAGCAGGCUGUGAGGUUGGGGUUGCCAUGGGAGACCUGCCAUGCUCAGUUCUACCAUCCAUGCAGUCACAAUCUGAUGCUGUUGUGAACAUCAGUACGUCAGCACAGCUUGUCACCAGUACACCGCCUGGCUUCCACCCACCAAAAUCUACUCCUACAUGUAGCUCAACGGUCGAGUAUUUCCCUUAUUUCAGAGGGCAGUACCUUGCAGUAGCUGCAGCACUCACUGGCGGCAAUGUGCUGGAUUACUUCGUCUCGACGCUGCAGGAACUGGCAAGCGAGUUUGGUUUUCGGAUCACAAAAGACGAAGCUUACAGGAAAAUGAUUGAGAAAGGGCAAGAAGUGGAAGACACCGAUCUUGUAAUUUGCCCGACUUUGUAUGGAGAGAGGCAUGUUCCAUCUCAGCACGCCAGCAUUCAGAACCUGACCACAGCGAAUACGAGUAUUGGAGAUACAACACGGGCGUUGUGUCGAGGCAUCGUUAGGAAUCUCCACGAUAUGAUGUCAAGGAAGGAUCUAACGGACAGAGGUGUGACAAGGAUUAUUGGAUGCGGAAGUGGUCUGCUGAGGAAUAAAGUCUUGAUGCAAGAAUUGGAGAGGAUGUUCCAGUUGCCUGUGGAGUAUAGGCAAGGGGGUGACGCGGCUGAAGGUGCAGCUAUUGCUAUGCUACAGUGACAGAUGAGUGAAUGCUCACGGACUUCAUUGCAUGAACAGAUGAUGUUGCUUUAACCCUUACGUACCUGAAUCCAUCAAAAUCCACACCCCUAUUUUGGAGGAUUUCGGCGAAUUUAUGAUACCUC